CACAAAUUUCCACAAAAUGGGACAAAUAAUCAAGAGUUUGCCGCCUAUUUGAACUACUAUACAAUAUUUCUAUGCCAAUUUGAGAAGAUCAUGUUAUGUCUGGAUUUCAAAUAAUCAUCUCCAACUAUGGUCCCUUGACGCCAAACAACUAAAGCUUGGAUUGUUUGGUCGUUCCCCGAACGUUGCUGAAGGAUCGUACAGAAAGUUCAAACGGCAUUCCAGAAUCCCAACUGCAUUUACUGCACUAGGCUCUCAGUAUCUGACCACUCGCUGGACGAACUUCUUCUGCGAGCCCCACCGCAAGCUAGGAAUUCUCCAUCAAUCCUCAACCAUAAUGGACAGCUCAACGGAGACAAAAAAGUCACCCUUCACCCCAAACUUAACCGAAGUCCUGUCUUCGAUUCCUUGUGUUCCAGAUCUCAGCCACAAGAGGAACCUCGCAUCGCACCGUAAACUGUUCGAAUGGACACCAGAACAGGCAUUCACUGAUCCUCAGAUCUCGCACGUGGAGAAACGAAUUCCUGGUCCUGACGGUGACAUCGCAUUGACUAUCCUCCGAAAAAAAGGUCCCAGAUCAACAAGUCGGCCCGGAAUUUACUUCCUUCACGGAGGUGGACUGGUAAUGGGAACGCGAUAUACCUUCCUGCAAGCCGUGUUCGAAUGGGUAAAGCAGAUCGACGCGGUCGUAAUCUCUGCCGAGUACAGAUUGGCACCAGAGCAUCCAUCUCCAGCAGGGUUCGAGGACGCGUAUGUUGGCUUCCAAUGGACGGCAGAUCAUGCAGCGGAGCUUGAUAUUAAUCCGAAGAAGCUGUUGAUUGCCGGUGCUUCUGCUGGAGGCGGUCUUGCAGCAGCUGUUGCGCUCAAGGCACGUGAUGACAAAGGUCUAGAACCGUGCGGACAGCUAUUACUCUAUCCAAUGCUGGAUGAUCGCUGUGCUACGAAAUCGAUGGAACAAUUUUCUACGGAUGGCACGUGGACAGGUGUAGCGUCCAAGGCAGCGUGGGACUUGGUGCUUCCUGGAAGGCGAGGAAGUGAUAAGGUCAAUGUUUAUGAGGCGCCAGGACGGGCCAUCGACCUGAGUGGACUCCCACCAACUUUUAUCGAGGUUGCUUCUACUGAACCGUUUAGAGAUGAGUGCGUAAAUUAUGCGAGUAAUUUGUGCAUAAAUGGGGUAGAAACCGAGCUUCAUCUGUGGCCUGGAAUUUUUCAUUCCUCUGAGGUGUUCGCGCCAGAUGCAUAUCAGUCUCAAGGUGCGUUUGCGACGAGACUAGCUUGGGUCAAGGAAUUGCUGCUCGAGCGAGAUUAAUCCUGUAUUGAUUCCUAAUCCAACAUGUUAAAUUCCUUAUGCGGAAUUAAUAGGUUUCUUUUGACCUCAGUUAUUCAAAAUAGGAAAUAUAAAGCAAU